CCUUCAGUCGAUGGUCUCUCUGUCUUGUCUCUCCUUUUUUUUUCUUUUUUUCUUAAUAAAGGCAGCAAUUGUUUCGGGUCCUGCGUUUCUCUAUAAAACCAGGAAGAACGGGUUUAGGAGUGAAGCCACUACUGUUGCAACAUCCAGGGUCUAAGCUUUCCGAAUAACACCGAAAGACUCGGGUUUCUUUUUUUUUUUUUUUGGUGAGAGAGAGAGAGAGAUAUGGGUUCCACUGGAGUUGAGGACAAGAAGCCACAUGCGGUUUGUAUACCAUUCCCAGCCCAGGGCCACAUAAACCCCAUGCUCAAGGUGGCAAAGCUUCUCCACCACAGAGGCUUCCACAUAACCUUCGUCAACACUGAAUACAAUCACAACCGCCUACUCAAGUCAAGAGGCCCUGAUUCUCUCAAGGGCUUACCUGAUUUCCAAUUCCAUACUAUCCCGGAGGGUCUCCCACCUUCUGAUAUAGAUGCCGCCCAAGACACCCCAGCCCUAUGCCAGUCUAUCAGCACCACUUGCUUAGUUCCUUUUCGCAACCUCCUCUCCAAACUCAAUGCUGCGGCGAACAUCCCAACCGUCACUUGCAUAGUCUCUGAUGGUGCCAUGAGCUUUACACUUCAAGCUGCUGAAGAAAUUGGUGUCCCUGAAGUACUGUUCUGGACGCCCAGCGCCUGUGGCUCCUUGGCCUACAUGCACUAUCCACAUCUCAGCGAAAGAGGCCUUAUACCUCUUAAAGGUAUGCUAAAACAAAACAAAAUCCAAAAGAUUAUAAGCCUACUUCUCUACAACAUCUCACCAACUCUUAAUGUUUCGAUAACCUUUUGUAUAUGAAUAACCUUGUAUAAGGAUUAAUAUAUACACGAAUUGCUCAUCAAAUAGCUAUCGAAUGAUUGAGAACUUUUUGUCAGAUUACACCUGUAGAUUUCAGCCAUAGAUGAUUAUACAAUAGUUUCUUGUCCACAAGCUGCUUCAAAACAGAAUAUUGAUUAGUUUGGAUGAUGACUCUUCCUAGAGCAAAUGCAGGUUCUGUAGGCAGAGGAAGAUCUCCCGAAUCGCUUUCUAGGUAGAGCAAAUGCAGGUUCGUGGGUCUAUCUUCGGCGUCUCCAAUAGAGAAUUAGAGAACAAAAAGGGG